CUAGCCGACCGUGCCCUCGCCCUCACCGAAUCAUGCCGUGUCUAGCCUGGGAUUCGCAUCUUGGAUCGCCGUCAUGCUUGAACCGCGUGGCCUUGGGCACUGUGGGCACCGUACGAUGCGCCGCAGUGGGCUUAUUGCCAUCAGAUCGCAGAGUGGCAGCGAGUGACAUUGACAUCGACAUGGGCUCUCUCCCCUCUGUCUCCCGUACCAUCCCGCCGACUCAAGGUUCGACUACCGGCGGAAACCCAUGAUCGCUAAUUCUCCGACCGACGCCUCUUCAUCAUGUCUUGUCUAUCCUAUACGUUUUCGUAGUAAUUGCACCUGCGCCCUAGACCCGUCGUCCGCCCUUUGCGUGUGGGGACGCCUCCAUUCCAUUCACUGCUACACGCUCUCUUCAUCAUGUCUCUCGCAGCCCAAGGCGCCGACGCUCCCCAGCCCUAUGUCGUACCCCCCUCAACCAAGUUCGAUGGCCCUGACGGAAGCUGGAGCACCUUUAAGAUAAGCGUGGGAACACCAGAACAAGAAUUCCGCGUUUUGCCAAGCACAAAAUCGGGCGUCACUUUUGUCGUCGCACCAGAAGGCUGUCUGGCAGGCGUGGACCCGUCAAAUUGCCCGGACCUGCGCGGAAUAAACGUGUUUCGCAGCACGCAAAACACUGGCUUCCAGGUUGACAAGUCGACAACAUGGUCGGCAAUAGGACAGUACGAUGUGGAUCUGGAGGCUGCGCUCAACUAUACCGGCCGAGCACUAUACGGCGUUGACACUGUUUCGCUGGGCGCUGCUGCCGACAGUACCUCAUCAGCAACGCUGACGAACCAGAUCGUUGCUGCUGUAGCCGAUCCAGACUACUACCUGGGGAUGCUGGCUCUAGGGCAGGCCAAGUCGAGUUUUAAUAGUGGUGGCAAACCUAUCAAUUCAUUUCUCGCUGCGCUGCGCGAGAGCACAAAGAUACCUAGUUUCGCAUAUGCCUACACGGCAGGCGCAAAGUACCGAUUAAAAUCAGUCUUUGGCAGUCUGGUGUUAGGCGGCUACGAUUCGACCCGAUUCAAAGCAAACGCCAACGACUUUUCAUUCACUUUCUCACAGGACCCCUCCCGGCUGUUGACAGUGGGCGUUGACUCCAUCAUGGCCACCAACACCCUCAAAGGCACUUUUUCGCUAACCUCCGGCGCCCACUUAUCCGUCAUCGACUCGACCGUUCCGCACUUGUGGUUGCCCAAAGACGUCUGCGCUGAAUUCGAGACAGCCUUUGGCUUGACCUAUGAUCCCAAAACAGAUCUUUACCUGGUCAACGACACUAUGCACCGCCAACUCAUCUCCAACAACCCGACCAUCACUAUCAAACUCGUCAACUCGCUCCAAGAUACAACGAUAAACUACACCAACAUAGAACUGCCGUACGCCGCUUUCGAUCUACAGGCUUCGUAUCCUUACUACCCCAACGCAACAAAUUACUUCCCGAUCCGCCGAGCUGCGAAUGAAUCUCAAUACGUACUUGGGCGUACGCUGUUGCAAGAGGCAUAUCUCAUAGUGGAUUAUGAACGAGCAAAUUUCACAGUCGCGCAGGCAGUGUUUCCCAAUCCUAUGCCCGCAGCGAACGUGGUCACCAUCACCCCAACGAGCAACUCUUCAUCUACAAGACCUUCAUCAACUUCAUCACCUUCAUCGUCUUCCUCAGAUCUCGCCAGGGGCGCAAUUGUCGGAUUAGCAAUCGGAGUAAUCAUGGCUCUCGUCCUCGCCGUCUUCGUAUUUUUGUUCUUCUUCCGCAGACGUCGCAACAAGCAGCGGCAGCAACAGCAACCACAACAUGAACUGGCAGGCAAGAACAUUCCAGAGGCUGACUCAAGAAGCCACCUUCCCGUGGUCAGUACGGUGGUCAGUACGCCACUCAAAGUCGUUAGUCCGCAAGAACUCAACGGCACACCCUUGAAUGAGCUCGCAACUCCUGUCAACCAGGAAUACACCAACCAUGACUAUCCGCCAGAUUACAAAGCAGCCGUUAAUGUGGCAAAUGAACCGCAAGAGCUUCACGGUGAAUCAAUGACACCGAUAACGCCCAGGUGGAGAGAGGUGCAUCUGCCGCGCUCACCUACGUUAUACGAGAUGGACAGAGAAAGCAGCCCAAGCCGCAGAGUAAGCUUCAUGCCCAGCGACGACGGCUUUGGAAACAGUGAUGGAGGACAGUCGGGCGUAUCACCACUAACACCGCGGUGUCAGGACCCCUUUCAUUCAAAAUUAAGUAAUGUUCCUUGAGUUGUUAUUUCCUUUCAGUGUCGGAACGCGAUGGAGUUUUUGAGAUACUACUUGUACAUAAGUAUGCUUAGGAUUUAUGCAUGUGCAUCACGAAUGCACUCAGAAUAAAAUCUCAUUUGUCGCCUCAAAGGUC